CUGCUUGGGGCUGGAACUCAAAUAUCAUGAUCUAAGCCAAAGUCUGAUACUCAACCAACUGAGCCACCCAGGUGCCGGUCUUUUGCUAUUUAACAGCACAGAGGACCUGGGGACUGAACUCCCCCGGGGCAGCAUUUCCGUGUUAGGCUUCUGGUGACUGCGCUUGGAUUCCUGUGCCAAGCCCAGGGGUAGCAAAGCAUGCGGAGUUGGAGGGGAGCAGACAGCAUGCCUGCCCGAGGCCGUGAGCGCUGGCGUUUCUGGGCUCUGACUCACCGGGCAAGAGUGAGGUACAUUCGCCCAGCUUUGUGGGUGGAAGUCUCUCUGGGAUCAGGUCCUGCCACAAAUGCCAUGACUCCUGAGGCAGCUGUGACCACGACUUGUGGCCAUGCGUCCUGUGACGUCAUUCGUGUAAGCUGUGCGCCUCAGCUGCCCCUGGUGACCUGUGUGUUUCAUUUUCCUGCAUGUGAUCCUGCCUGGCCCCUCCCUCUCCGGAGCAGCAGUCUCCUCCCCAUCCCCCAGCUCCGCGCUAGGCUGCUGCGUCUGGUCUGGCAGCUACAGAGAGGAGCAGCUGCCGCUGCCGCAGCCCUGUCCGGCUCCGGCGCCGACGGCCUGGGAUCCCUGCCCUGCUCUGCCAGCGCUGACGGUUAGCAUCCCCGCGGGCUUGGCUCCCACCGAGGUUGCUGAGGUACCAAGUGGCUUUGCGUGCAGGGAGGCGGCAUGGAGUCCCUCUUCCCAGCCCCGUUCUGGGAAGUCCUCUACGGCGGCCCCCUGCAGGGCAACCUGUCUCUCCUGAGCCCCAACCACAGCCUGCUGCCUCCCAACCUGCUGCUGAAUGCCAGCCAUGGUGCCUUCCUGCCCCUUGGGCUCAAGGUCACCAUCGUGGGGCUUUACCUGGCCGUCUGCAUUGGGGGACUGCUGGGGAACUGCCUCGUCAUGUAUGUCAUCCUCAGACACACGAAGAUGAAGACAGCCACCAACAUCUACAUCUUUAACCUGGCCCUGGCAGACACUUUGGUGUUGUUGACACUGCCCUUCCAGGGCACAGAUGUCCUCCUGGGCUUCUGGCCGUUUGGAAAUGCUCUGUGCAAGACAGUCAUUGCUAUCGACUAUUACAACAUGUUUACCAGCACCUUCACACUGACCGCCAUGAGCGUGGACCGCUAUGUGGCCAUCUGCCACCCUAUCCGUGCUCUUGACGUCCGGACAUCCAGCAAGGCCCAGGCUGUCAACGUGGCCAUCUGGGCUUUGGCGUCUGUCGUCGGCGUUCCUGUUGCCAUCAUGGGCUCGGCACAGGUUGAGGAUGAAGAGAUCGAGUGUCUGGUGGAGAUCCCCACCCCACAGGACUACUGGGGCCCCGUGUUUGCCAUCUGCAUCUUCCUCUUCUCCUUCAUCAUUCCCGUGCUCAUCAUCUCCGUCUGCUACAGCCUCAUGAUCCGGCGGCUGCGUGGUGUGCGCCUGCUGUCCGGCUCCCGGGAGAAGGACCGGAACUUGAGGCGCAUCACGCGGCUGGUGCUGGUGGUGGUGGCGGUGUUUGUGGGCUGCUGGACACCCGUCCAGGUCUUCGUGUUGGUCCAAGGGCUGGGUGUUCAGCCAGGCAGUGAGACCGCAGUGGCCAUCCUGCGUUUCUGCACAGCCCUUGGCUAUGUCAACAGCUGCCUUAACCCCAUCCUCUACGCUUUCUUGGACGAGAAUUUCAAGGCCUGCUUCAGAAAGUUCUGCUGCGCUCCUGCCCUGCGCCGGGAAAUGCAGGUGUCUGACCGUGUGCGCAGCAUUGCCAAGGAUGUCGCCCUCGCCUGCAAGACCUCUGAGACGGUCCCUCGGCCUGCAUGACUAGGCGUGGACCUGCCCAUGGUACCUGUCAGCCCACAGAGCCCGUCAACACCCAACACAGAGCUCACCCAGGUCACUGCUCUCUAGGCUGACACCAACCUGAGCCCUGAGCAUUGCCAGACUCACAGACUUCACUGUGGCUUCAGAGGGCAUGGUGACAUCAUGGGACAGGUCAGACUAAAGCUGCCCUCCUGGUGCAGGGUGGAGAGAGGACACAAAGGCCCACCAUUGAGUGUGCGUGACCAGAGCCCACGCCAAUUUUCCUAUGCUUCAUGGGACCCUUCUGGCCUCUUCCCUGCUGCUCCCUGUGUGCUCUUGGGAUGCACACACCUGGAGGCGUAAGAGCAGCGUGCCCAUUCUAUGCCCCUCAUGCUGUGCGCUGUCUGCGUGGAGCCCUGCAAUGUCUCCCUGGGGCAGCAGGACAGGCUUGGAACUGUCUGGAGAGCUGGCAGCCACCUGUGGGCAGUGGGGCUUGGAGCUGCUGAUAGGAUAUUGCCUGUGCCUCACCUGCUCCCCAUCUCAUCCCCCACCCUGCCUCUGAGAGGCCUCUCAGAGAGCUUUUCCCUCCAGAAGCGCAAAAGAACUAUCAGCCUCAAAUGUGGCUCUCUGGGUGUGCGGAGGUGGCUCAGAAGGUCAGUGGGCUUCUUGAUCACUUGAGGCCACUCUUCCUUUUUUAAAAUGUCUUCUUUAGAAAUUGUUUUUUUCUUUUUAGAGAGAGAGAGAACACAAGUGGGGGAG